AUGACGAAUGAUUGGGUCGGAACGCCGAGUCAUAUGGCUCCCGAGCUUCACAUGGAUAUGAGUUUGAGUGAACAGGACAUUUAUCAAUGCGAUGUCUUUGCGACCGGCUUGGUGCUCUGGGAGAUUGCAAUGAGAAAGAGCAUCUCAAAUCUGAGGUCUGUUUUGCACUUUUCAAAAACAACCUCAUCGGACGUGAGAAAGGUGUUUGAUUUCAUUGAGCGAUGCUCAUCUCCACAAAUACCCAUCAAGAUACGAAUGACGGCUGAAAAUGCCCUGAAUGAGGCUGUUUCCUUGGAAAAGAAAUUCACCUCUUUUAUUUCACAACCCGAAAAAGUGCGUAGCCAGGAGUCAUUCAAAGUCCCGACAAUCGUUGAUGGUUUAUGUCUCGAAUUGACAACGACAUACAAUGUUCCGGACGCGAUUUUCGAUUUCGAAACAAGAAAUAGUGAAAGAAAUUCAAAAAUAAAUUCAUGCAAUUAUUGUAUCACUGAAUUUAUUGGAUUGACUUAUAUUCGAAUUGGCGAACUUGGCGAUACACUCCGAAUCAUGCAGCGACACUUGAGGAAAUAUUGGAAUUCAAUGCAAAAUUUCAUGAUGCCUCCGCUUAUUAACUUCCUUUCCGAUUGCGCAAAGGGAUACAAAAAAGAGAUGCAAAUGGCUAUGAAAGAGUUUUGGGAGAUUCAU